AUCAAAUAUACACUGAUACAUCAAAUACUUGCCUUAAUGAACAUAAGUACUAGUGAUGGCAUGUUAACGCUAAUUGUUUUGAUGCUCAGGAACAAGUGUGCUGCAUGCUACAGACAAUUUAACAAAAUGGAGCAUCUGGUUGAACAUAUGAGGAUAUCAUUUCAUUCAAAUCAUGAACCCAAGUGCGGAAUUUGUCAAAAGCAUUGUCGUUCAUUUGAAUCUCUAAGGGAGCACCUCAUAGGACCUCUGCCGAAGGCAGAAUGUGAAAGGGUAUUCAAGGAACGAGGAUGCGACCUUUGUUUAACUAUCCUUGGUAGCCGCUAUGCUCUUCAGCUCCACAGAGAGAAAUGCCAAUUUUCACGUGGAAACAAUGGUCUGCUAUAUCGGAUGGCUAACUUGGGCAUUCAAGAUGAGAUGAGGAUUGAUAAUAGCAGAGCAAAAGUGGUUUCACUUGCUUGCAAAAUGGUCGGCGGCGGCAGUGAUGGCUCCUUGGAUCUUUGUGCAAGGGUCUGCCUCAUUGAUGAGCAUGAAAAGAUAAUCUUUCAGACAUACGUCAAGCCACACCUUCCAGUCACAAACUAUAGGUAUGAAACAACAGGUAUACGACCAGAAUUUUUGAGGGAUGCAAUGCCACUUAGGCAAGUCCAGCGGAAGAUCCAAGACUACUUAUGCAAUGGUGAACCAACAUGGCAGAUCCGUUCUAGAGGCGGAAAAGCUAGGAUCCUUGUAGGCCAUGGACUAGAUCAUGAUUUGAAAUGCUUGGAAGUGGAAUAUCCAGCAAUAUUGAUCAGGGAUACAGCAAAAUAUCCUCCAUUGAUGAAGACAAGCAAGCUCAGCAACUCACUGAAAUAUUUAACAAAAGCAUACCUUGGAUAUGACAUUCAAAUUGGCAUACAAGAUCCCUAUGAAGACUGUGUUGCAACAAUGAGGCUGUAUAUGAGAAUGAGAUCACAAGCUCAUAAGGUUGAAGACUAUCCUAUGGCUUCAGAUCCACAAAACCGCAACAAUUUUGCAUCAUGGAGGCAAAGCGAGCUUGAAAGAAUGACUCCAGAAAAAAUGUUGGAAAUAUCAAGGUCUGAUUAUUAUUGCUGGUGCUUAGACUCCAAAUUAAGCAACUAAGUGCGGAAGAAGAUAAGUUAUUCAAUGAGGCUGAGACAUACUUAUGGAGGGACAUCCUUACACUGGCAGCACAGUACUAGCAUGAUAAUAAAACAUGCAAAUUUAUGAUGCCGCUUAUGGGAUAUGUUUACUGUUACGUACUAAUGCAUUUUGAAUUAGUUCACUCAACAGAUUUAUGUGUAGCAUCAUAAGUUACAAUAAUGUCAUUACUAUCUCUAUUUUUUCAUAAUUAUAUUUCACUAACAACAAUAACCCCAAAAUAAGAAGCAAACAACUAGGAGAUACG